AAUCUUUUAAGACUUAUAAAAUUUCAAUUAAUUUAAAUGAAUCAGUUUCUAAAUUAAAAAUUAGUGAUGAUAAUAAAAAUAGCAUUGAUAGUAAUGAUAAUAAUGAUAAUGAUAAUAAUGAUAAUGAUAAUACUAGUAAUAAUAAUUAUAGUAAUUAUAAUAAUAGCUAUAAUAAUGAUAACAGUGAAGUUGUUAGUGAUAGAAGUGAUUAA